UCCCCCUCCCCUCUCCGCCCCCCCGCCGUCGGCCCUCGUCCGCGUGGCCACCCACCUUCCCGAUCCCGGCCGGCAUGCCCUCGACCUCCGCCUCGUUCCCCUGACCCUCCUCCGCGCCGGAGAAAUCGCCUCCUUUCGUCGCCUUGGCCUCGGUCUUCCCCGCCGCCGGCGAUUCGUCGCCGGCGCUGCAUCCCGGCUGCUCCCCUCGCCUUCCUCAACAACUCCGCAUCGGCCUCCCCAAGCUCCUGCCCGCCUCCUCCUUGGUUCGUCCGUCCUCGUGUGUUCCCCGUCCCAUGGCGGCCAUGUCGUCGCGGACUGGUCACGCCCCGCCGGCGGCGCCGAUGGCGACGGCUGACCUGGAGGCCGCCAUCGCGGCGCUCCCCGUCAGGAAGCAGCGCCUGCGGGAGACCUUCGACCGCCUCGUCGCCUGCGCGCCGCCCCAUUACCAUCUCCCCUUCACCUGGGACGACAUCGACGCCCAUGUCUCCUCCCUCCACGCCUCCCUCUCCCUCCGCUUCCGCCAGAUGCAGCAGCAGCCCCACCCCGGCGCCCCCGUGUCCGCAACCGCGAUCCACGACGCCGAGCAGCCCCACCCCAGCGUCCCCGUGCCCGCAACCGCAACCCUCAUCGGCGAGCAGCCCGACCCUUGCGUCCUCGUGUCCGCAACCCCCGAUGAGGAGAUGGUUAGGGAGGAUGAAGACGCCUCUCCUGUUCAAGAGGACGAUAGAGUGGAGGACGCCGGCAUGGGCUUUGUGGGGGCGCCAUGGCGCCAGGCCGGAGGAACUCGUGAUCAAGAGUUUCCUGUUCCGGUGCGGGCUCACUACGCCCGGCACGCCGGCAGCCCUAUGCUUCGGCAGCCAUACACGGCGUACCAGCAGCCUGAUGUGCUUAGCCAGCUGAAUCUUCCCAUGUUCCAGCGCCAACAGCCAUACACGCCGUACCACCGGCAGGAGUUUCCUGCCAUGGCGGGGGCCAUGAAUAGCUACAAUAUUCCUCCGAUUGUCCAGCAGCCGUACUACAAUAUUCCUCCGAUUGUGCAGCGGCCGUACGUGCCGUACUUCAGGCGAGAAUUCUCCCCUGAUUUCAGGCAAGAAUUCUUCCCUGAUGAUGAUGUGACGAGGCAGCCCUUCAGGAGGCAGGAAUUCUUCCCUGAUGAUGAUGUGACGAGGCAGCCCUUCAGGCAAGAAUUCUUCCCUGAAGUGACGAGGCAGCCCCCGAUGGGCAUUGAUCAUGUGCUCCAGGAGCAGUACAUGGCAAUGGCGCACCGUGAACCGUACGUUCCACGGCAGCAGUACAUGGCGCACCACCAGCCACACUUCCCUGAUGCACAGGCUGCUAGUGCUCAUGGUCAGGGAUCAAGCACUACGCGUCGAUCACCGAGCAGGAUUACCUAUCCGGACAACAUCAAUGUGGGUAUUAGCGAGCCAAGUAAGAAGAGCAGGACUAUCCACAAGAACACCAUAUAUGAUUAUUUCUGAUAGACAGCAGGAGCAUUGCUAUGAUUCCCGGAGACCUUCUCCGUUGAUUAAGAGAAACCAAGUGAAGACCUUUACAGCCGGAUGCGCAAACUAGUCCAAAGGCACCACCGUGUGGGCAACAUUCACAAGGCCUCACUAAGAAAGGAAUCAGAAAGACAUGGCACAACCUGCACAAUGCUGCUGUCUUGUGACGGUGGGCAGCGGUGGCAGAUCACUACGGAGCAAUGCAAGCACCGAUGGAGGAGUGACGCCGGUGACAUGGUCUUCUGCAUGUGAGCCGUGGAGGCACACGUGUGGGGAAGAUGCCGAGGUAUAUUUUUCGUGGUGUCACAGGGAUGUGUGGGUGUGAGAGACGACCCAUUCCGCAUCUCAGUCUGGGCAUACACAUGCUGCGAUUUGGACUCGGUGGGCUGCCGGUCAAUGCCUUGCAUCGCUCGACUGACGCCUAGCAUCGGUCAAACAUGAAUCACAUGCCUAGCCUUGAGAAUAAUACUAUCCUCUCCAUAAGAUUUAUCAUUAUAUGUUCACAUAUAUUUUUUAGUUCAUCAUGCUAUUAUUUUCACUAUUAAAAAUGUAAUUUUAUAUAAUUGUAAACCGUCAUCAUAGAUGAUUCCAUGAGCUCAUUCGACUGAGGUAA